AGCAAAAAUAAACACAGAGAUAAACACAAUUUUUAGGUUAAGAUGAUUUAUUUAUAUAUUUUGUUACUUUUACUGGGAUGUGUUCAGAGCAACGACGAUUUGCUAAUUUCAAGCCAAGGAAUUGUUGAUAGGGAGACUUUUGCCCACUAUAGGAUAUUAAAUGCUGGAAAUGUAUUAAUAAAUUUAAUAACAUUGAAAGGGGAUGCUGAUAUUUAUGUUUCCCAUAAGGAUUUCGCUACCUAUGAUCCCAGUGUUUAUGAUUUUCACUCAGCUACAUGUGGUAUGGAUUAUGUAGUUGUCCCAUACAGUUUUCAGAAACCAUUCUCUGUAGGAAUUUAUGGACAUCCUUCAUAUGAAAAUAGUUCAUACUUACUGGAAGUCUAUGAUUUAGAUGGUUUCGACAAGGAUAAGUUUGAAUUGGUAUAUAUUUCUAUUGGGGAGACCAAAAAGAUUAAAAAAUUAGGAAAUAAUAAUAAAGAAGGCAACACAUAUAAAAUGGCAGCUAAAACUGGAUUGUGGGCUUUAUUUGAAAUAUUUCAUUUGAUAUUUUUGUGAAUUAUUUGUAGUUUUUUUCUGUGAUAUU